AUGACGCUCGAUACGUUUGCCAUAUACAAUCUGAUUGAUGGAGAGAAAGAACCAUCCAACCUUAUCGAAAAAUGUCAUUCACAGUGUCCGCGAGAUGACUAUCUCUACUUCCGAAAAGCGCCUGAAAUCACAUCGAUCCGAAGCCUGAUUGACUUCCACCUUCAUACGACUGUUCUAGACGGCUUCGAUCCGAAUCUGUUCCUCGUUGUCACCAACUUGGACUGGCAGCGGAAAGGUCUUAUGAUUGUUACAAUAGACAAUGAUGAAGGCAAACCAGACAAAUUUACCAUGAAGGCGGCAAACUCGGGGAUCCUUCUCAUCAGUCCGCAGAUCGGCAAUAACAGACUGUGGAGAAGUUGCACCUCGGCAGGACCAGAGCUCAGGAGUUACAAUCAAAGGGCAGGCAGGGCAGAUAUCAAGAACGAGGUUAAGGUCAACUUCAAAGAAAAGGUCAUGCUCCAAGAAGAGGUCAAUUCAGGGGCAGGUUCAACUUCGAUGACAGAAAAGGAUACCAGCCCCUACAUCAUCAACCUUGCUGUCAUUAUGAGUCCUGUAUUAGUUCCAACUCAAGUCACUCUUGAUCAAGAACAGUAG